UUGCGGUCUUUUCAAGUGGACAGCCCCGACGAUGUGGACCGCCUCGCCCUCGAGCUUACCGAGUCGAUCACCCGGGCACUCGAGGCCUCGCGGCUAAGCACCACAUCACACCGGAAACGACCGCAGUUACCUGCCGGGAUACGAGAUAUGAUCGAAGACAAAAGGAGGCUGCGUAGACUAUACCAGCGCACCCGAUGCCCGACCAUCAAGUCCCAGCUCAAUGCUCUGGCGGAGAGAGUCUCAGCUGUGUUGGAGGACCACGCUGUGGACUCCUGGUACAAGACCAUCGAGCGAGCUCGAGAAGACUGGACGGGUAUCCACCGCAUUUGCCGCCAAGAAUCCAGGAAGUCAGAACCGAUCCGGCCCCUGCUAGCGAGUGACGGCACCCCACGUUACCGCGCAGCGGACCGAGCCGAGAUCUUCGCUGACCACCUGGAGAGACCCACCGAAGACACCCAGCACGCAGAGGAAGUCGAACAAACCGUAGACGAAUACCUCGAGCAAGCGAUAGCCCCCACGGAAGACCCCAUAAUCAUCACCCCCGGCCAAGUUUUUUCCAGAUUCGCCGUACUAAGCUCCGGAAGGCCCCGGGUUGCGAAGCGGAAACCUCCCCGAGCGCCUGACUGUUACCAGUCCCUCACGGACCACGGUCCGGGGGGAAGGGUAGCAGCCGGGCCUGGUGGUCUCUCUUCAAGAGACCCUCGCAGAGUAGGUGCAGUGGGCACGGGACAUGGCAAGGAUAAUGGACAACGAUUUGCUAGUGAUUUGGACAGGACGACGACGGUGGUCAGCUCGGACCAGGAGGAGCAGACCACGGUAACUACGAGAGUGCACACCACGAGUGGCUCAGAAAUGGAGGCGGAGGAGACGCGCUCGGCGUUCUUCGCUGGAGGGACGACGGCGAGUUUCAAGCCGUUCCGGAAGAGACCACUCAGGAGAGAGUCAGAAGGGAGCUCCUCUGGUGGCAGUGCCAAAUCCUCCCUCGUAAAAAGAGGGAGGGGCGAGGACGGCUGA